AUGGACGCUAUUGUUCAGGAAUGGGGCGUUCCACUACGAGAACCAGAUGACUGUGAUAACCUCAAAUACCUUACGGAAGUCAAAAAGGAAAUUAUAAAGAAUGGGAUCGUUAGGCCGACGGGAUAUAAUGUUUCGUUUCACAUAAAUCCUAUGGUCGAGAAACAUCAUUUCGGCAGAAGUCAUCCCAUGAAACCGUGGCGUUUGACUCUAGCAAAAGGAUUGAUUAUGGCAUACGGUAUGCACGUUGCUAUGGAUACUUAUGUUUCACGAAAAGCAACCCAGGCGGAACUAGAGGAUUUUCAUACUCACGAAUAUCUCGAAUACAUAAAGACUGCUAAGGUAGGUCUACCGGACGAUGAUGAGAAUAAACCAUACAACCUUGGUAGUUAUGACUGUCCUGUUUUUGAUGGGCUCUUCAAUUACUGCUCUAUGUACUCGGGUGCAUCGAUUGAUGCUGCUCGGAGCCUGUGCGACGGGACAUCAGAUAUUGCCAUAAACUGGUCUGGAGGUUUACAUCAUGCCAAAAAGGCCGAAGCUUCAGGAUUCUGUUAUGUGAACGACAUUGUUCUUGCCAUACUCCAACUUUUAAGAAAAGUUCCGAGGGUUUUGUAUAUCGAUAUAGAUGUUCACCAUGGGGAUGGUGUAGAAGAAGCCUUUUGGUCAACAGGUCGAGUCAUGACAGUUUCAUUUCACAAAUAUGACCCACAAAAUUUCUUCCCUGGAUCUGGCGGUUUAGAUGAUACCGGCCCCAAAAAUGAAAACAACCAAGGCGCUCACCACGCCGUUAACGUCCCAUUGAAUGAUGGCAUCGAUGACGACCAGUAUUUAAGGGUAUUCAAACAAGUCAUCUCGAAAUGUACCGAAAAGUUCCGCCCAAGUGCCAUAGUCCUUCAAUGUGGAGCCGAUUCACUCGCAGGGGAUCGCAUCGGGACAUUCAACAUUCUUGUCCAGGGCCACGGCGCUUGUGUUGAGUAUGUCAAGAGUUUAGGUAUACCUCUUAUGCUUGUAGGUGGAGGCGGUUACACACCCCGGAAUGUUGCGCGUGCUUGGACAAAUGAAACCAGUAUUGCCAUAGGUGCAAAGUUACAUGAGGAAAUCCCAUUGCACACCCCUUACCGCAAUCAUUUCCGAGAUCAAUCCCUAUAUCCAGACCUGACCGAGUUGCUAAGUGCCAAGGGUCAAACCCAAAGCCGAAGGAAUCACAAUUCAGAGAAGAAGAUUAAUGAAAUUGUGUCGAGCAUUCACGAACAGCUGCGUUUUGUUGAACACGCACCGAGCGUACAAAGUCAGCGAAUCCCACCCGAUUUGGGAGCAUGGAAACAAGAUGUUGAGGACGAGAUUCGCGAGAGAAAGGAGCAAGAAGAGUCAUAUAGGCUGCAGAGGGAAGAGGGUUUGGGAAUCCCAAGAGAGUAUGCUUAG